AUGGACGGUGACAGCUCUGGCUCCAAUAUCCCGGGACAUGCGCCCGGCCCUGCUGUGAACCCUCAAGCUCAUGCUCAAGUCCAGGCUCAAGCUCAGACCCAGAUCCAUGCUAAUGCCCGUGGUUCGGGUGAACGGUCCGAGGGCGUCUCUGACCCAGGAAGUCAAGGCCGCCCCCGCAAAUUUGUGAUACAAAGCACCUUUGGUGUACCCAGAGAGAGGAGGAGUCGAAAGAGUCGGCCGUGCGAUGCAUGUCGCCGCCGGAAGACUGCUUGCAUUAUCACUACGGAGCCUCCAUGUGCCUUCUGUAAGAGUAGGGGGAUAGUAUGCCAGUCUACGUCGACUACAGAUGGGCCGCUACUACGACAGCAAUCGGGCUCCGAGGGUGGCUCUACGAACUCUUCCAAGCCUGCAGGUGCAGAUCAUUCUUUCCCCGACUCUGGCCCUGGUGAUUCUGGAGAACGGGAUGCAACAGACAUUUUGGCCAGCCCGAAUACCAUCAAGUCCAGUCCUCGACCUAUCACUUCACCCUCCAAUGUCUCCGUUUCUGCAGCCAGUGACUGCUCUCCCCGCCCAGGCUAUGGCUAUGAAGCAAGUUCUGGUAGCUACUUGUCAUAUGCCAGCCCCCGGGGCCGGCUAAGACUGGACGCAGACGCCAGCGCUGCAAGCAUGGAUAUUGUACAACCUACAUUGAACUCUCCGGAAUCGUCAUGUAUCAGCGGCGCAGGCUCAGUUCAUACACUGGAAGAUAAUCCCGGCAGAGCGACCUACUUUCUCGGUCGUACUGCUGAGCAAGACCCUUUUGUUCUAGAUGCCUUUAGUUAUGGCAUCUUAAGUGAGACGGCAACCGUUGACGCCAAUGUAGUCCAGCUGCACCGUGGCGGCUCGGAUGUCGACGACCUCCCGCUCCAUUUCCUUUUUCUGUCCAUGGGUCACCCCAAGCACACCAAUGAAACGAGGGAACAGGCUUCCGAUGCCAUCGAGACAAAAGUCUGGCCGCACGCUGACGUGCUCGUCGCGCUGUAUUUCAAGCAUGUGCACCCGGUUUUGCCAAUAGUAUCCAAGGUUCGCUUCCUUCGCCGCUAUGCAGGCAACAGAAAGUCGAUACCAGGAUGUCUACGUGGCGCGGUGUACGCUCUCGCAUCUGUCUUCUGGGCAGAGGACCCCAGCACUCGCCGUGGGGACCGAUUUCCCUUGGAGCAACACGAGAUUGUCGAUCAGGCUCAUAGAGCCCUUCGCAGAGAAAUAGAAAACCCCAACUUCUUUGUUUUGCAGGCUUGUUUGCUCUUGAUACACGUCCAACCGCCUUCCAUCGAUGCGAUGGAAGCGCCGUCAACUUUCACGUUGAGUGCGCAAGCUACCGCAUGUGCGCAACUGAUUGGGCUUCACCAAGAUCCUGGCGAUUGGAAUUUGGAGAUUAUCGAAAAGAAGCUGAGGAAGAAGCUCUGGUGGGCGGCCUUUGUAACAGAUUGCUGGGCUGCGGUUUCACACGGCAACCCUCCUCAUAUCGGCGAAACCUCGUACAACACUACUAUGCUCGAUAUAGAUGAUCUUCGCUGCGAUGAAGAUGUACCUGAGGAAUUGCAACAUCUUGUUGACCGUUCGAGUUGGUCCUUUGAUGUCGCAUCAGGUGCUCGAUUUUUGGAGACGGUAAAAAUCACUCGGUUACUGCGAGGCGUCAUUGACAGCAAUUUUCAAGUCGACACGAGAACGGCAGACUUGCAUCAACGAAUAGCGUCCCGUAACCAACUCGCUGACAUACACGACAAGUUGAAGGAUUGGCCCAGCCUGAUCCCCUCUUGUCUGGUUGUUUCGCGAAAUAGAGAACCUGCCACCUCUUGCUAUAACUGCCCGCUUCAUCUGACUUUUUACGCAACAAAGGUCCUUCUUUAUCGAGCCUUGAUGCACCCUGCUACUAAAGCUGCGAAGUCGGACCCUAACUCUAAUCUGAGACAGUGGUUUCCAUUUGCGAUUGCGGAUUUUCUGUGGUUCACAGAGUUUUUCGUCAGUAUCAACCCCGGUGACCUUACUGGUUUCUGGGGUCGUCAUGCUCGAUCUCAGCUAAUUCUCUGUGGAAACUUCUUGGUUUAUCUAUUUCUUAUGGCAGCUGAAAGAGAGCACAUUGAAGCUGCACAUAGAAUGCUGGAAACCUUCCGAGUAAAGGUUAAUAAUAUAGCCGACACAGAUCAUGUUCCGACACGAGCCCUGAUUCGAGCUACGACGAUUCGCACAAACUCGUUCUUUUCACAGGCCGCAGCCGUAAUGCGCCACGGUCCGGAAGCGUCCAUCACAGAACCUAUAACGAUAUGUGGAGUUGACGGGCCAAUCAAGGGCCAACAGGGCACAGGACAUAUCCCCUAG